UGGAGCAGAGCAGCAGGAGAUGAUGACAUUCUGAUUUUUAGAGCUGCACGUUUGAUUAGAAAAGAGAAAUAAAAAAAGGGUUUUAGGAGCUAAUAAAAACAUUGUGUGUCACAAACUCUGUCUGAGACAAAGUUACCAGGAGCCCUCCUGACCCGUCGCCCCCGUGGUGGAUCUAAAUCUGUUUUAGGGGGGUGGGGGGUGCUGUAUCCACAGUCCCGACCAGGAGAAGAGCAAAGACCGUCUGAACCUGGUCCCUGUCCGUCUCCCCAGGCCCAUCGGACUGCCGUGGACGUUAUCUGGAAAUAAAAUGCUGAAUAAGGAGGAGUAGAGGAAGAUCUUCAGCUGCACUCGUUCAACUUUGGGAUUAAAUCAUCCAAAAGGAGUGGGAAUAUUUUCAUCCAUCUGUCUUAUGGAAACAUCAUCUGCUAACGGAGGUUCUGACUUUUAGGGGCGACUUUUGUUGAGGAACCAUGACAGAAACAACUGAAGUCCGGUCGUCGACGACGACCACGAUGGUCAUCGACAGUAAGGCUGGAGACGGUGGGUCAGCAGCAGCACACAUUCCCAGGAAAACGUUUUCGGAUAACCUCGCCUCUACGUUCAGCUCCCCGCUGGCCUGGAUCUUGGUCCUGGCGCUGAUCAUCACCUGGUCGUGUGUUUUCAUCAUCAUGUUUGAUGUGGUGGACCACAAGGCCAUCACAGGUCACCCUCAGGCUGGGAUCAGGAAGGUUUUUAAGGAUUCAGGGCGUCGAGGAGGGCUGAGUAAGAUCAGCUCAGACCCGGUGAAGGCCAUGAACGACGCCGUGGAGGAAUCCACAAACGUCAUCAGCUCAGUAUUCCGGUUUGCUGCAAACCUCAUCGCUCCGGAGGACGAAGGAAACUUAUACGCAGUGAGGAAGAAAGGAGAAUUUCUACCAUCAAGAAGUAAAGUUCUUGGAAUGAAUGCAAAGAAAAGACUGGAGGAGAUACAAGAAGAGGAAGAGGAGGAGGAAGAGGUGGAGGAAGGAGAGGUGGAGGAGGGAGAGGAAGAGGGGGGUGAAGAGGUGGAGGAGGGAGAGGAGGUGGAGGAGGGAGAGGAAGGAGAAGAAGAGGAGGAGGAGUACGAAGAGGAGUACGAUGAGGAGUAUGAUGAGGAAGAAUAUGAAGAGGAAUAUGAGGAGGAAGAAUUUGAUGAGGAAGAUGAGGAGGAAGAAUUUGAUGAGGAAGAUGAGGAGGAAGAAUUUGAUGAGGAAGAUGAGGAGGUGGGAGCAGAUGGGGAGGAGGAAAUAGAAGAAGGAGAUCAGGAGGAGAAGGAAGACAAAGUAGAAGCAGAAGACAAUGAAGACGGAGAUGAAGAAGAGGAGGAGAUGGGAGCAGAUGAGGAGGAUGAAAUAGAGGAAGGAGAAGAAAGAGAAAAGGAGGAAGAAGAGGAGGGUGUAGAAGGUAAAGAAAAGGAAGAUGAAGAAGAGGAGGAGGAGGAAGCAGAUGAGGAGGAUGAAGAAGUAAAAGGUGUGGCUGAGGAUGAAGUCACAGAAGCUGCUGCUGAAGAGCAGGAUGCAGCAGAGGAGGAGGCAGAUGAAGAGGGAAAAAAGGAUGAAGAUGAUGAAGAGCCUCUAUCAGCUGCAGCAGAAGCUGAGGUGGAGAAGGAAGAUGAAGACGAGGCCACUGAGGAAGAGGAAAAAGUUUCUCCAGAACCUAUUUCCACCUCUGAUGACGAACAGUCACCUCUAUCAUCUGAUUCCGAUUCCGACAUUCCCGUUGGCAUCGAGGACAGUGAUGAAGAUCUGACUCUGCCUGAUGAAGACGAGGGAAAAGAUGAAGAUAGUGAUGACAACUUUGUUGACUCCUCAGACAUCAGCGAGUCAGGACUUCUCUCAAGUGACGAAGAGGAGGAAGUUGAUGAAGAUGAGAGUGAUGAGGUCACUGAUGAUGCAGCAGUUCCCAGAGACGAUGAGGAGGAUGAGGAUCGGAAACUAGCAGGCGAGGAAGACCUUUCUCCUCCUUCUGUCGAGGAGGAUGGUGAAGAUGACGAUGAAGAUGAUGAUCUGGACCUAUCAGACGACGGCGUGUCUGUUGCCACUUCUGAACAUUUCGCAGAUGAUGAAGAUGAAGAUGAGGAAGACACUAAAGAUGACGACUUUGACAAAGAUGUCCUCAUCGAGCAUAAAGACGAUGAAGAUGAGGACAAACCUGAUGAUGAUGAUGAUGAUGAUGAUGAUGACAAAGAGAAAAAGGAAGAAGAGGAAGAAAUCCCUCCCGCUGUGAGCUCAGACACAGGAGUCCUGGGUGAUGAAGAUGAUGACAUUGAUCUGAAACCUGAUGAAGACUCUGUUGGAGACAGUGACCUUAGUGAGGACACGACUGAUGAAGAUGAUGAAGAUGUUGACUCGAGUUCACAGGAGGAAGAAAAAGAAGCAAUAGAAAAGAUUGUUGGAAGCCAGGAAGACGAACCUGUAGAGGGAAAACCAUCAGCUGAGGAAGUGGAUGCUGAUGAAGAAGAUGAUGAAGAUGAUGAUGAUGGGGUGAAGGACGUCCUGCUUGCAGCUGUAGCUGCAGCGGCGCUCUCUGCCCAGCAGGAGGCGGUAAAGACUGAGGCAGACGAUGCUGAGGAUGAAGAUGAGCUCCAGCAGGCUGAUGAAGACAAGAAGGAAGAGAAGGAUGGAGCAGAUGAAGCUGCUCCUCAGGAGGACCAGGAGGAGGGAGGAGAACCUGUGAGUGAGCCUCAGAAAUCUACAGACAAACCUGAAGAGGAGGAGGAAGAGUUUGAUGAAGAUGAUGAUGAGGAGGGAAAGGCAACAGUGGACGUGAUUAAACCUGUGCCUGAACCUGAGGAGGAGCCUUCAGUUUGUCCCUGUUCACUCCCCAAGACUAAAGACAGUUUGUCCAAGACGGCAGAAAAAAAAGACGCUCCCAGGAGGGUUUCAGCUGUGAGACGGAAAAAAGAGAAAGAAGCUGUGAGGAAAGAUGAAAAGCCCAGAAGAGAAGCUCUUCCCAGAAUCGUCAUGGAGCCAAAAGUGCGACAGAUCAGGAGGCUGGCUCCGCUCCUGAAAGCCAAGAUAAAGGAAAAGGCCAGGACUUCAAAAGCAGAGACAAAAACUAAACAACAGGAACCAGCGCCUGAUUCUGCUCAGGAAGUUGGCCCCUGCAGACCGGCGCCGGUCUACUGCCCGUCUCCUCCCGGCUGGUAUGUUCAUCACAUCGUCACGGACAACCCAUAUCCUCCUCCCACCAUGCCAGCUCCGUCUGCUCCGGUGGUGACCGUCCAUCCGGGAGCUUCGCCGAUCCAGCCUCCUCAUCAGCAGCAGCCUCCUCUUCCUCUGCUGAUGCAGCCGCUUUACUACCAGCCAUACCCGCCUCCAGUUCAACCAGUGACGCCUCCUCCGGCAGAACCGGCUCAGCCAGUGCAGCCAGUGGAGCCUGAGACCCCCAAACCAGAACCUCCGGUUGAACCUGAGGAGCCAACUCCAGCUGCUAAAGGUCAGCCAGCUGCAGCUGUUGUUCAGCAAGCAAACACGACUGCAGGAGCAAAACCCGACUUCUCUACGAAAGCUGUGAAGAAGAGAACCAAAUCCACUGACUCAGCCAAAGAGUCUCCAGCAUCUAAAGUUGGAACGAAGAGAGAAGCAAAUCGACAGAAAACAAAAGUUUCUGCUGUAGCUCAGAAAGUUAAACAAGAGAACAAAGUUCCUGUAGUGGCAAAGAAAGAGAAGAUGGCGAAAAACGAGAAAAAAGUUUCUGCUGUUGAAAGAAAAGAGCCGUCAACAAAAAAAGCAGCUAAGAAAGGUAAAAAAAUUACACUUUGCUUAAAAAAAACAGAAGGGAAAACAUUUUUUACAUCUUUGCUUUCCAUAGAGACGCCUGCAAAAAAGAGAACGGCUACACAGACAGCGCCUGCAGCUGUAAAACACACGAGGAAAUCAGCAUCUGGGAAGAAGACGGCGUCUUCAGCCGUCAGGAGCAAAGCCAAUAAGAAAGCUUCAGGACCACAUCUGCAUCCCAUUAGACUGAGAACACGACUGCAGAGCCACAGAACAGCGAACGCCACGUCUCAGCAGGAGAAAGAAAAACCCGCCAGACCCUCAACUAAACCAGACAAAACUGUAAAACCUGAGAAGAAAUCAGUGAAAGAAGCUGAAGAUCAAGAGAAACAACCAGAAACGGGAAAACUUCAGACUGAAGAAAACAUCACAGAGAAGAAGAAACAGAGUCAGAAAUUUUUCCAGUGCAUCUAUUUUCCGGGGAAGCACGCACACUACCCUUUACGACCUUUCACCCCGGCCAUGUCCCCCGCCAUGUUGUCCCCUGCUGUGAGGUCGAUGCUGGAGCAGCAGAGAGCAGCCAGAGCCUCGGGACAGUAGGACACAGACUUCCUGUCCAGCUGAGGGACAGGAGGACCCUUUUGUCCACAACUGUUUAAUCUUUACUCUUAUUUUUUUCAGUGGUUGAGCUCCCAGAGUCUCUGCUACUCCGCCACACUUCCUCUUCUGCGUCAACUCCGUGUAAAUAGCUCUGUAAAGUAAAGGAUAACAUCAGAAAUUCCUAUCUGGAAAAUCAAGAUUCAGAAUUUAUGGUCAGGUUUUCCACACCAUCUCAAACCCAGGAGCUUUUCCCCAACACCAAACAUCCAUCGCCGUCAUCCAGCUGCAGCCUGCAGGCGAGUCGCCUUCAGGUGUUUGUUUUUCAUUCAGGAUGACUUUAUGUUUUUCAUUUGCUGCACAAAUCCAAACGUUUCAAUGCAAAUUUUUUAGGUUUAGGAAAACAAAAGGAUGCACAGCUGCUCACAUGAAAACUAAAAUCACACAGAAAUGAGAAAUAAUGUUAAAACCAGUUUUACUGUAUUCUUUGGUUUAAAUAACCCAGUGGUCCGUAAGAUGGAUUUCAUACUCGAUAUGCAAUCUUAAUGUCUCACGGUCCUUAAUUAGAUGUAAUUUAGAUGUAAAUUAACUUCAUUACAUUCAAAAUUUAGAUAAAGAAUUCUACAAACUAAAGCAAUAAAACAAAACAACCAAGCUGCAUGUAUUAAACAGAACAGUGUUUAUUAAUAAUUCAAGCUACAAUGUGAUCAGACUCUAUAAUGAACUAAAAAUCCUGUUUUUAUUCUGAUACAUUUAUAUAAUAAAAACACAUUAAGGCGAUGAAAACUUGUUCAAAUUCAGGAUAAAUCUGCAAUCAUUUUAUAUUUUAAAACAACAACUCAGUGAUUUUUCCGCGGUGCGUUCAGGGGCAGGGGGAACCACAGGACAACGAUUAUAUGACCAACAAGAGACGCUGCGGAGUCGCUGCAGUGAAUGAAUGUAGUUUUGUUUUUCUUAUCAGCUUUUUAACUGCAGCCCAAAAGAAGCUGCUCGCUUACUUCACCUGAUUUGGCGUUUUCACGGCUGUUAGUGAGCUUUUUCACCAGAAACCUCCCGUUGUGUCUUAUUGAACACACUCCAGAUGUUUCUGUGAACAAAGGGGAACUAGUGCACCGGAGGAGCCACUCCUAACCGUCCCUCCUAGAUGGGAUUUUACCCUCUGAUGUUGCUUCAUGAAUGUUUUUUUUAAACAACCGAGUCAGUUUCACCUGAGAAUUAUGAAGCAAAGCAACUUUCUGAUGAUCUGAACAAGUGAAGUUACGGAACUGAACUUUUAUGUCCUGAAGGCAAGAGAAGUGAUCAAAUGCAGAUGCUGAGUUUGUAAAGUGAACCAGGAGGAGAUGUUUCAUCUGGAUAAUGUGAUGUUUGGGUUUCUCCAGCAUUAAGGACGCUACGGGCCUCCAUCAGCAGCUGACAUGUGUUUUUAUCGUCUCCUGCUCGAUCUCUGGUGUGAAUCCUGUGUGUCCUUUUUAGACAUCCUUAGAUUUCAGGCAAACGUUUUCACUCUUCUGAUAGAUGGUCCCAGGAAACGCACAUCGCUAAAGUUAGCUUCUGAUUUGGAACUUUAACUAUUUGGGUCAUCUUUCUUUAUCUCUGCUACAGCAGCAAAAUGUACUAAAAUGUCCCAGAAAUGACAUUUGUGAAAUUUUUAGUGAAGAUUAAUCUAAUUCUGCACAGUCAAAGUUUUGCAGGUUUUGAACUAGAAUUGAUCAAAAAUAACCCCAAAGUAAAAGAGCUAAAUUGGUAGGUAACUUUAGCAUUUUUCAUGUUACCUGAUGUCAUUUUCCACAAAUUUUUGAAUGCCUGAAGAUUUCUGAAAUUUAUUUAUUUAUUUAUUUGUUUGUUUUAUCGAACACUUCUCCCUUGAUACUUGAUGCUUUUUGUCCAGUGGAGUCUUCAUCCCUGACACCUGAUGCUACCUUCUGGUGGAUUUUUCUUCUUCUGACAUCUUUUCCUCUCAGGAGUGGACGCUUUUAUUUUGACACCUGAUAGCUGUUGCUUUUUGUUUAACCUGAUGUUCCUCAUCUGACAGAAUUUUUUCCCAUUUUUUGAUGUUUUUAUUGUCUGACUUUUUUUUUCCUGACACCUGUUUGGUCUGAGGACAUCUCCGUGACAAUUAAAGUUGUCCUAAGAGAGACACCAUAACAGGAAGAAACCAUUUCUGCUGAGAUGUAGAUGAAAUGUCUUUCUGAGUGAAGCAGUGGAAGGUUUUCGGUCAUCAAAUUGAUUUAAACAAAGUUUUUCAGCUAUUAUGUAGUUUAAGGAAAACUCUUUGAUGUUAGAACGAACACAAGGAAAGGAAGAUGGAGAAAUCAGUCAGAUCUUAUAAAGUCUGGUUUUGUUCCAAUCUUCAUGUUUUCACACUGAUUUUUGCCCUUAAAUCAGGCAGAAAACUGGUCUAAGCUUGAGCAAGUCCCUGAUAAACAGGUUUGUUUUUGUGCAUGUUCCUCUGAAGAAGCCUCGCUGUGAUAGAACGUUUUAUUACUGUGCAUCUCUUUGAUUUGCUGCCGUUUUCCUUUCUUUUCUGUUUCACUUUGCUCAGAGACAUGAUCAUAUUUACUGAUCUGGGUCUUCGGGCAGAAACAUCUUUGUCCUGUAGCUCUGAAACACCACGGAGCAGUUUGUGGGAAUGUUUUUGUUGUAAAAUUUCUUAUUUUCCUAUUUUAUUUCUACUCCUAAGACAGUAUCUCACACAGCUGCAACCUUUUAUUGUGACAUCAUGUGGGAACAAACCACAAAGUUACAAGACCAUCAUGCAGAUUUACUUUCAGCUGUUGUCUCAUGAAGUUUACCAAAUUUCUCUUAGUUUGUUUGUCAAACCUCCACGUUUUAAACACUUUCUGACUCAUAGAAUCUGGAGUGAAAAGAGGUUGAAACCAGCCCCAGACCACAUGAAAUGACCCCGCUGUGAGAGGAUAGGAUUCUGGAUGCUGCCAACACCAACUGUUGCAGCCUGGUGGGAUACAUGUGCCUCUGCUAUAACCUUUGGUGCUUCGUACUCGACUUUUGACUAACCUUAUAGCUUCAAGUUGAAGUUCUCUGCUAAGAUUUUUAGCUCCGAGAGCCAAAAGAUACUGUUUCUGAAGCUCUUAAAUUAUAUUAAACAGAUAGAGUUCCCAGUGAGGACACAAGUCAGCUGAUGAGACCAUGCUGUGUGUGUUUAUCAGUUUACUGUUAGGCUAAAUUUCAUUUAUUCUAAAGGAUCGUAUUACAGCAGAUGCUGAAAAACUAAUGCUAAGGGCACAAAUUCAGAAAAGAUGCAUUAUGAUGAUUUAUUUUACAAAAACACACCAAAAAUGUCUCCUUUAUCCAUGUUUUCAGUCUUAAUGCUAUGCUAGGCUAGCUCAUGCUAACAGUUUGUAGAUAUAAAUAUGUGAUUUUUCUUUUGAGUGAUUUAAAAUGUUCUUUUAGUAGAAAAUGAUGUUUGUUUUUUCCUCCAAAGGACAAACUUGAAGUUCAUAAUCAGCAACAGCUUUUGUUCGUACCUGGCUGUUGCCAUUUUGAAAACUAAAACUUUAUUGUUCAGUAUAUAAAAUAAACAAAUUUUACGUCUUCAUCCUUUUUUUCACAUAUUUCUGAGGCAUUUUCUCACAUUUUGUUCAGUUUAAAGUUGCUUUAUGUGGAAUUUUAGGAUUCUGUUGCACAAAUAUAAAAUUAGCUUUUGUUUCCUGAGAAAGUAAAGAGCAAGUCACACCAAAUCGACUUUUUUUCUGAUAAACUAUAUAAAUGCGUCUCUAAUCGUGUUGCAGACACGCAUAGUCAAUAGUUUUGCACUUUAGUGCAUUUUAGUUAAAAUUUAAAAAUUUCUGCCUAAUGCUGUCAGUGUUGUACCAUUGUCAGGUAAAAAUGCACUGCAUUUGAAUUUAAAUCUGCCAUCGCUAUUGGUUAAGAGGUACCCUAGAACGUUAGCUAGUACAAUAUGAUGUCACCAUGUUGUUGUGAGCCUGUGUAUGUGUGUAUUUGUUAGCGGCUCCGCCCUCUCGGUCUGCUAGGCAACAGCAUUUGUUGCAUUUUUCAAACAGGAAGUGGGAGUUGAGUAAGAAUCUGGUAGGGGGUGACUUGCUCUUUAAAUAAAUGUAAAAGAAAUGAUGUAAAAAUACCACUUUUGAUUAUAUUGCAGCAAAAAGAGUGAAUUUAUCUAAAAUAAUAGAUUUUUAAUUUGUGGCAUGACUCAGCUUAUUUACUUUGUUUUAUUUUUUAAAGGUUUUGAGCACGAUUGUAAUUAAAAUAAAGAAAAACCAACAUAGAACAUAUUUGUGAGCUUUAUGCUAGCUCCACUGUAUAAAAACACAGCCGGUUAUGAUUGUUUAAUAUUUGUAUAUAAUAUGAAAUAAUGUUGUUUGAUGCUUAUUGAGACAAGCAGCCUGAUCCCAUCACUUUUCAGCUGGAUGCUAAUCUUUGAGGGACGUUGUUGCCCAGUGAAAUGUGGAAUAGUUUAUUCAUGGAGUUUUUUGUGUGUCAUACUUUAAAUAAAUCUUUAGACUUUA